ACCACAUCUUACCCGGACCAACACCAUGCCACAAUUCUCCCCAUCGCCAUCACCCGCACUUUCGGGGUCUCAUCAUUCUAUACAGCCUAGACGACCAAGUCUUGAGCCUGAGGGCGAGAUCCUCUCUACACGCGGCCAACGCUUGGCAAGCCUCAUCCGCAGGCGUUCCAUCUCUGUUCAAGGUCGUGAGCCCUAUGAUGAUAGUACUCGCUAUGAUGAGCUGGCCGCAUCUCGGGACUAUACGGAGGUUCCGCCAUUGGAACGAGCAGUGCAAUUGAUUGGGGAUGUCAAGCCCAUCUAUGACUGGCAACUAUUGUAUCAAGACAAAAGCAAGCUAGAUGGAAUGCGAAAAGGAUUACGUGACUAUUAUGAACGGAACAACCGUCUCAUAGAGCAAUACGUAUACAUUGAUCGGUUGCUUGACUCAUCAUUGCCAUGUCGGCUCAUUGGCGAGUAUCAGCAAUCUCGAUCCAGCGCAUCUGAAACGUUCACCGGGGAUACCGGACACGGUCAUGUGUUUGGGAACAGGCACUAUGCAGCUGUUGAUGGCUCCGAGGAACCACCACAAAGGCAAGACCGAAUUAAACGAACUCCAAGGAAUCUUUAUCGAAUCCCGAGUGAAUGUUCGCAUCUCUUAUCUGAGCAAGGAGACGAAAAUACGUUAACCCCAAUCCCAUCAGAGGGCGGGCUGAAAGACGACUCAUUCGUAGACAACGGCGCCCGCAUUGUUACUGUCGCCAUUUACGUGAAUUUUAUCGCCAACAUAGUCCUACUAGUAGCGAAAAUUGUCGUCAUGUCCAUGACAAACUCCCUUUCGGUUCUUGCCAGUUUGGUGGAUGGAGCAUUGGACUUUCUAAGCACUGCCAUCGUCUGGGUAGCAACAACUUUGGUUCGAAAAGAUGAUCGCCACAGUUACCCUAUCAGCAGGCGUCGAUUGGAGCCAUUGAGUGUGUUGGUCUUUGCAGUUGUGAUGAUGACCUCUUUCGUCCAGGUUGCCAUCACAUCGCUAAGCCAAUUGAUAUCCUCCGAUAAAACAUUGGUGAACUUAACAAUCCCCUCGAUUGCAGUGAUGGCCAGCACUGUCGUCGUUAAGCUCGCGUGUUGGUUCUGGUGCCGAUUAAUCAAGAAUUCGAGCGUUCAGGCGCUGGCACAAGAUGCUCAAACCGACGUGGUCUUCAAUCUCUUUAGUAUUCUCUUCCCUCUGAUCGGCUCGUUUACCAAAUCCUGGUGGGUCGAUCCACUAGGUGGCCUACUCCUCUCCGUCUACAUCAUCUGGAAUUGGAGUGGAACUGCAGGCGAGCAUAUUCGACAUCUGACGGGCACGGCUGCGUCACCCAUCGACCACAGCGUCCUACUUUAUAUGACGAUGCGGUUUUCCAAGGCCAUUCUCAAGAUCCAGAAUCUAAGGGCUUACUACGCAGGCGACCUCUUGAAUGUUGAGGUGGAUAUUGUUCUGGAAGGUAAGACGAGCCUCCGUGACGCGCACGACAUAGGCGAGAGUCUUCAAUACAUGAUUGAGAGUGUACCGACUGUUGACCGGGCCUUUGUACACAUGGACUACGAUCCGUGGAACAUUCCCAGCCAUAUGAAUCAGCAAGAGGCAUGACACCUUCUAACUUGGUCAAAUCAUACUGACCGAAAGAGUUUUCCCUUCCAAUCCCGUCUACCAUCACUCUAUAUAGAGAUGGACAGCGAAUAAUAAUACAGAACAUAUUAAGCAUAGAGUGCAGGAGUCCCCAUAAAUACCCGCUGAGUCAUCCGGUACAAGUAAGCACACACGUGACCCCGCGUUCAUCGCGUGGGGACGCGAUGGGUCCGUGCCGUCCCAUC